AUGGCUGAAUUUGGAAAUCAACCGUCGGGUUUUAACCCGCCAGGGAGGCAAGGAUGUUUGUCGGAUCAGGAAAGUUCUUCGGAGAUUUCCUCAGGAGUUGAUUUACAAGAGCGUUUACGAAAGGAGAAGUCAUUUCGCAAACAGACGGACGAAGUAUACCAACGUCUUCAGGACGACUACGAUGAACUUCUAAAGAAAUAUGCACAGGCCGAGAAUACCAUAGACCAGCUGCGAAUAGGAGCAAAACUUAACUUGUAUAGCGACUUACCUCCACCACAACAAAGCUCGUUUGUAAAUGUAACAGUUCACAAACAACCUGGUACGUUUAGAUUUCCGAGAAGUAGCCGUGCUGUGUUGAGCGAAGGCGGCUCUGCGAACGAAGAGACAUCUCGCGGGGUUGAUGCCGGGACGCAAAAUGGCAACCAAUCGAUUUAUGCGCCAAACGCCGGUUCACAUCCUUCGCUCUCUGAUGGCGUGAGAUUAAGAACAGCUUUGUCGUCUAAAGUUGAACAUUUUCAGGAAGAUGUAGAUGCUUUACAAGAUCAUGUUAUGCAGGGACAAUGGGCUGAACCUGAAAUAGAAGAACUGCGGAGUAUGUGUGAGCAAUUGAAAGCACAAAGUGAGAAUUUAAAACGUGAAUUGGCUCAGAUCAGACGGUUGGAAAGUGGCGGAGAUCCUGAAACAUUUGAAGAUGAAAGGUGA